AUUUUGUCGUUUUUGGGCUUUUUCCUCUGUCCAUCGGCGACGACAACACUUAAAAUUAGGGCUCGCGGCUCAGCUCGAUCGCGAUUUUCUUGAUCGUCAUCAUCUUCACCUACCUCACUCUCGCUCCUCCUAGUUCGGUUCUUGGUUUUGCCGGCGCCAAUCUUGGAAAGAAUGGUUUAGGGUUUGGUUAAGCGUCGGAAUCCGCCGCGGAUCUGGUCGAUAAGGCUAACCUGGAAGUAGGUUUAGAGGGGGGUCUUCAACGUGCUGGUUGGAAGAAGGAUGGAGCCGAAGAACUGCCAGAUGAGGCUUGAGGUUCCGGACGCCGCGUUGGAGUUAGUGCUGGGUUACAUGGACGACCCGCUCGAUAGGGAGGCGGUCUCGUUGGUAUGCCAGCGGUGGUACAACAUCGACGCCCGGUCGCGGAAGCAGGUGACGAUUGCUAUCUGUUACUCCACAAGCCCCGAUCGGCUCCGCCGUAGGUUCCCCAACCUGGAGUCGCUAAAGCUCAAAGGCAAGCCCCGCGCUGCCAUGUUCAACCUCAUCCCAGAAGAGUGGGGUGGCUAUGCUGGUCCGUGGGUUCGUGGCCUCGCCGAGUCCCUUAGUUGCCUCAAGUCCGUCCACUUUCGCCGUAUGAUCAUUGAGGACGAGGACAUUGAUGUGCUGGUUAGGGCUAGAGGGGACAAGCUCAAGUCGAUUAAGAUUGACAAGUGCUCAGGAUUCUCAACAAACGGCCUCAUGACCAUUGCCCGUUCUUGCAAAAACAUGACAACAUUAUUCUUGGAAGAAAGCUCAAUUGUUGACAAUAAUAGUAAUGACAAUAGAUGGAUUCGAGUUCUUGCUCUUAACAACUGUGUGUUGGAGGCGUUGAACUUUUACAUGACAGAACUCAAAGUUACACCGCAAGACCUUGAGCUACUUGCCAGGAAUUGCAAAUCAUUAUCUUCUUUGAAAAUCAGUGAAUGUGAUAUCUCUUUUCUAAUCCAUUUUUUCCAAGAAGCAACGUUACUAGAAGAAUUUGGCGGGGGAUCAUUUAAUGAUCAGGUUGGAGAGAUCAACAUGUAUCAAACAGUUAGAUUUCCUCCAAAGCUGUGUUGCGUUGGCCUUAUGUAUAUGGGUACAAAUGAAAUGCACUUAUUAUUUCCAUUUGCUACUUCGCUCAAGAAGCUGGACUUGCAGUAUACAUUUCUCCAGACUGAGGAUCACUGUCAGCUGAUCCAACGCUGUCCAAAUUUAGAGGUUCUAGAGGUUAGGGAUGUGAUUGGAGAUAGAGGGUUAGAAGUCGUGGCCCAGACAUGUAAGAAACUGAAAAGACUCAGAAUUGAGCGAGGUGAUGAUGAACAAGGCCUGGAGGACGAGCAGGGUCGAGUCACACAAGUUGGUCUAUCCAUGCUAGCUCAAGGAUGUCCUGAGCUAGAGUACUUGGCAGUAUAUGUCUCUGAUAUAACAAAUGCAGCCCUUGAAGCUCUCGGCACUUUCAGCAAAAACCUCUGUGAUUUCCGGCUUGUUCUGCUUGACAGAGAAAAGAAAAUAACAGAUCUACCCCUUGAUAAUGGUGUCCGGUCUCUGCUCAGAGGUUGCACAAAGCUCAAGAGGUUUGCUCUCUACCUUAGACCAGGCGGACUGUCGGAUUUAGGUCUUGCUUAUAUUGGAGAGUACAGCGGCAAUGUCCGCUGGAUACUGAUGGGCAAUGUUGGUGAUUCUGACAUCGGAUUGCUGAGGUUUUCGAGAGGAUGCCCGCGCUUGCAAAAGCUUGAGCUAAGGAGCUGUUGUUUCAGCGAGCGUGCUUUGGCUAUUGCAGCUCAGCAACUGCCUUCUUUGAGGUACUUGUGGGUGCAAGGGUACGGGGCAUCUCAGAAUGGCGCUAGUUUUUUGUCAAUGGCACAUCGGUUCUGGAAUAUAGAAUUAAUUCCUCCAAGCCAGGAUACUGCUUCCGAAGAAGUGGAAGAUAGGCGUGGAGAAGCGCAGAUACUUGCCUACUACUCCCUUGUUGGUCGGAGAAACGAUUGCCCAGAAUCUGUGAUCCCACUCCUGGCAUGAAUUGAUUAAUUAAAUGCAAUUGCAUCCACCUUUACACUAGUAAGUUCCAUAACGAAGGACAAGUUCGGUUUGAUCGUCCGCAUAUGAAUGGUCAAGUUUCCUUGAAGAAGAGGAAAGGAUCACAGAAGCAGAACAUGGAUUCAGAGCAUAGUCAUGGUCGUGCUGCUGGCUUAGUGGGUUGGAUUUGGCAUCUUCGCAAGGGCUGUGGCGGCGCGCAUGUGGUGCUGUAUACAUGCGCAAGCAAUUACUUGCCAUGCCAUCUAAUGGCACCGGGUGGGAAAGCACCGAAUGCCUGGACGUCUAAAGACGAUGGGUAUGAAGGAGUGAUGAGAUUUUGGACGGAUGAGAGUGGGUGCGUAUGGAUGUUGGAUGAAUACUACUUUUUAUGAUUGAAUUUUAGAUGUCUAUAUGUUCUCAUAUACGCAUUCAGUUCGUAAGGACUAUUUUUAACUAGUGCAUAUGAAUCUUGUAUGUCUUUUAACUUGAU